CGGAGGAAAGUAUUGUUGGGUUGGUUUCCUACCUGCGUGUUCCCUCCCACCCACCCUUUGCAUGCAUUUUCCGGGUUGGUACAGUGACACGUCAACAGUACCACAUCAACAAUGACACGUCAGACACAGUGCCACGUCAGCAGUGCCACGUCAGCAGUGCCACGUGAGCAGUGCCUCAUCAGCAGUGCCACAUCAGACACAGUGCCACGUCAGCAGUGCCACAUCAGCAGUGCCACGUCAGCAGUGCCAUGUCAGCAGUGCCAUGUCAGACACAGUGCCAUGUCAGACAGUGCCACGUCAGCAGUGCCACAUCAGACAGUGCCACGUCAGCAGUGCCCCGCCACCAUGACGGGCGCAGCUCUGGGCAUGCCAGGCCAACUGGCCAACGAGWCCAUUGCCGACUACAAAAAGCGUUUCCAGGCUCAGCUCGCUGCAAUCGAGGCUGAGGAACAACGCCAGCUGGCAGCCAAGGCUGCCCAGCUACAGGCUGAAGAAGCGGCAACAGCAGAGAAGCUGCGGCUACAGGCCAAAGCAGACCGAGAUACCCAGGCUCGCCGAAAGGAAGCCCAGGAUCUGCUGCUGCGGCACAAAGCCAAGAGCAUCGACAGACUCAAGUACUGGCACUUUGAACCGAACGGCAACGAGCCAACACCGGAAGAGCAGCAUAAGGAGUUCUUGGCCAAGCUCGUGGCCAGGCUGGCUGUACCAGGACCAGCUGCUGGGGCUUCCAGCAGUGCAUCCUCUAGCCGCCAACUGGAGGAACGCGUUGACCACGUAGCGGCAAUGCUAGGAGACAUAAGUGCCUUCACAGAGCCGGCCACCAUCAGCCAGCGGUUCGAGUUGCUGGACACCAAGAUCAGUCAGCAACAGCAGACCGACCAGAGUCACAACAACAGCUCGGCGAGGCCAUACAAGAUGCCGACGUUCCGGAUCGAGAAAUUUGAUGACUACACACAUCAAGACCCAGUCGCCUGGUGGCAAGGAUUUACAACGGAGUUGGGGAUCCACGAGGUCCCUGACCAUCUGUUCAUCAGUGCUCUGUUCAUCAACACCAAGGGAGGAUGUCAGAUCUGGCUCAGCCACAUGGCAACCAUCCACGGCGUCCAGGUUUCAGACCUGCACAAGAAGGUCACCUGGGAGGAUAUGACAAAGGAAUGGAAGAAGCGGUUCAUAGUGGAUGACGCACCCGCGCUCGCCAUCAACCGCAUCUUCGCGAUGGCUUAAUGGAGCACACCGACACGUGACUGGCUCACGGAUUGGCAGAAGAUUGUGGCCACGCCC